AGGGACAGGUCCCGAGGCUGCUCUUUUUGCGCGGAGCAAUCAUGACAGAGUGUUAGGUUCAGAAUUCCAUUGUUUUGCUGCCGUGGUUUUGAAGAAAUCACUGGUCCUUUUGACUCUUGGACUUCUUUGGAGAAAUCUGGAAGAAGCAAAUUUAUGUCCCAGAGCCAAAUUCCUGAUUUCAUUAUUACAGUUUCAGUCUGCAGGAUUAUCUACCAAAGAUAACUUUUGUAUGAGAAAUUUAAUGUGAAGUCAGCAUUGGAAUUUGUUGCCUGCUCCAAACAAGAUUUGUAGACCCCAAAAAAAAAAAACCUUCUGAAUUUUGCCCCUAUAAAUUUAUGCCAAGAUAAUUUCAGAAUGUCCAGCAAGGAAGUAAAGACUGCUCUAAAAAGUGCUAGAGAUGCAAUCAGAAACAAAGAAUACAAAGAAGCUUUGAAACAUUGUAAGACAGUGUUAAAACAAGAGAAAAAUAACUAUAAUGCCUGGGUUUUUAUUGGUGUUGCUGCAGCCGAGCUAGAACAACCCGAUCAGGCCCAGGGUGCCUAUAAGAAAGCUGCUGAACUAGAGCCAGACCAAUUACUAGCUUGGCAGGGGUUAGCGAGCCUGUAUGAGAAAUGUAAUCAUAUAAAUGCCAAGGAUGACUUACCUGGUGUUUACCAAAAGCUCCUGGAUCUUUAUGAAAGCGUUGACAAACAGAAGUGGUGUGAUGUCUGUAAGAAACUUGUGGAUCUGUAUUACCAAGAAAAGAAACAUGUAGAGGUGGCCCGAACAUGGCACAAAUUGAUAAAGACACGGCAGGAAGAGGGUGCAGACAACCAAGAGCUUCAUCAGCUGUGGAGGAAAUUGACUCAGUUGCUGGCUGAGAGCACUGAGGAUCAGAAUAAUGAGACCCAGCAGUUGCUUUUAACUGCUUUUGAAAAUGCACUGGGUUUAUCAGAUAAAAUUCCUAGCGAAGAUCACCAAGUGCUUUAUAGACAUUUCAUUCAGUGUUUAUCCAAAUUUCCUCAUGAGACUUCUAGGUUGAAGAAGGCCUGUGAAGGAAUGAUAAACAUCUAUCCCACUGUACAGUAUCCAUUAGAAGUGCUUUGUUUGCAUUUAAUUGAAUCAGGAAGUCUUACUGAUGAGGGAGCACAAUAUUGUUGUAGAUUAGUGGAAAUGGAUUUGAAAAGUGGUCCAGGCCUCAUUGGUUUAGGCAUCAAAGCAUUACAAGACAAAAAGUAUGAAGAUGCUGUUAGGAACUUAACAGAAGGGUUAAAGGAAAGUCCUCUGUGCACAACUGGAUGGUAUCAUCUGGCAGGAGCCCAAGUCAAAAUGCAUAAACCUAAGGAAGCCAUUCUUUCAUGCAAUCAAGCUCUGAAGAACAUAAAUAAUCUUGGUGUGUCUGGCAGUCUUCAUCAGAAGAAUCUUUGUCUUCGUUUGAAAGCAGAGGCUUUGAUUAAACUUUCAGAUUUUGAAUCUUCAGAGGAAGCAAUCCGUACUCUUGAUCAGGUUUCUGAUGCAAAUAAUGUCCCAGGACUUUUAGUUCUCAAAGGCUUGGCCCAUCUGAACAAAGGCUCAUUAGAUGAAGCUUCAAAGAUUAUGGAAGACCUUCUGUCUUCUUACCCUGACCUAGCUGAAGCUCAUGCCCUGGAGGCUUUGAUUCAUUUUACCAAAAAGGACUAUCUACAAGCAGAAAAGUGUUUCCAGAGAGCUCUUGAGAAAGAUGCUGAAGUUGCUGAAUAUCAUUACCAGCUUGGAUUAACAUAUUGGUCCAUGGGUGAAGAAACAAGAAAAGAUAAAACAAAGGCUCUUACCCACUUUCUAAAGGCUGCCAAACUGGAUACAUACAUGGGCAAAGUUUUCUGCUAUUUAGGUCAUUAUUACAGAGAUGUAGUAGGAGAUAAAAACAGAGCCCGUGGAUGUUACAGGAAAGCUUUUGAAUUGGAUGACACUGAUGCUGAAUCUGGAGCUGCAGCAGUUGACUUAAGUGUGGAGCUUGAAGAGAUGGAAACUGCCUUAGCUAUCCUAACAACAGUCACUCAAAAGGCAAGUGCUGGAACGGCAAAAUGGGCCUGGCUUAGGCGAGGACUAUACUAUUUGAAAGCUGGUCAACAUUCUCAAGCAGUGGCUGAUUUACAGGCAGCAUUAAGGGCAGACCCAAAGGACUUCAAUUGUUGGGAGUCACUAGGAGAGGCAUACUUAAGCAGAGGUGGCUAUACAACAGCUUUGAAAUCUUUCACAAAAGCCAGUGAGCUGAACCCAGAAUCUACAUACAGUGUGUUUAAGGUUGCGGCAAUACAGCAAAUCCUAGGCAAAUACAAAGAAGCUGUAGCUCAAUACCAGCUGAUCAUUAAAAAGAAAGAAGAUUAUGUACCUGCUUUGAAAGGUUUGGGCGAAUGCCAUCUCAUGAUGGCAAGAGCAGCUCUAGUCGAUUAUCUUGAUGGGAAAGCUGUAGACUACAUAGAGAAAGCCCUGGAAUAUUUUACUCGGGCUCUGCAGCAUCGAGCUGAUGUAUCUUGCCUUUGGAAGCUGGUUGGAGAUGCUUGUACCAGUCUGUAUGCUGUCUCACCAUCUAAAGUGAAUGUUAGUGUUUUAGGAAUCCUUCUAGGUCAGAAAGAAGGAAAACAAAUAUUAAAGAAAAAUGAGCUCCUCCAUCUUGGAGGAAGGUGCUAUGGUCAUGCAUUAAAACUGAUGUCUACCUCUAAUACGUGGUGUGAUCUUGGAAUUAAUUAUUAUCGUCGAGCACAACACCUAGUGGAAACCGGCAGUAACUCGAAUGACCUUCAAGAGUUGUUGGAGAAAUCUUUACAUUGUCUGAAAAAGGCUGUGAGACUUGACAGUAGUAAUCACUUGUACUGGAAUGCUCUUGGUGUAGUUUCAUGUUACAGUGGUAUUGGAAAUUACGCUCUCGCUCAACACUGUUUCAUCAAAUCAAUCCAGUCGGAACAAAUUAAUGCUGUUGCAUGGACCAACUUGGGAGUGUUAUACCUUGCAAAUGAAAAAAUUGAGCAAGCUCAUGAAGCUUUCAAAAUGGCUCAGUCCCUUGAUCCAUCUUACCUACUGUGCUGGAUUGGACAAGCUCUAAUUGCAGAGACAGUUGGAAGCUAUGACACCAUGGAUCUCUUCAGGCACACUACAGAACUCAGUAUGCACACUGAGGGAGCAAUAGGUUAUGCAUAUUGGGUCUGUACAACAUUGCAAGAUAAAAGCAACAGAGACACAGAGCUGUACCAGUACAACAUUCUCCAGAUGAAUGCAGUUCCAGCAGCACAAGUGGUUUUGAGUAAAUAUAUAGAAAGAAUUCAGAAUUAUGCUCCAGCUUUCACCAUGCUGGGUUACUUAAAUGAACAUCUACAACUGAAAAAGGAAGCAGCAGAUGCAUACCAAAGGGCAAUUUUGUUGUUACAGACUGCAGAAGACCCAGAUACUUACUAUGUUACAAUGAGAGAUUAUGGCAGAUUGUUAUGUUCCAUUGGUGAAUAUGAUAAAGCUAUCCAAGCUUUUAAGUCAACACCCCUUGAGGAGUUAGAAGACAUCGUAGGUUUCGCAUUGGCUUUAUUUAUGAAAGGUCUGUAUAAGGAGAGCAGCAAAGCCUAUGAGAGAGCCUUGUCUGUUGUUGAAUCAGAGCAAGACAAAGCUCAUAUCUUGACAGCUCUGGCAGUAACGGAGUAUAAACAAGGAAAAAUGGAUGUAGCUAAGACAUUGCUGUUUAAAUGCUCUAUCUUAAAAGAACCAACCACGGAAAGCCUUCAAACCCUGUGUGCUCUAGGAUUGGCAAUGCAGGAUGCUACACUCUCAAAAGCUGCACUUAAUGAGUUACUGAAACAUGUCAAGCAGAAAGACAAUGGUUAUCAGAGGUGCCUUCUUACUUCAGCAAUUUAUGCACUGCAAGGCCGCAGUGUGGCAGUGCAGAGACAAGCAUCUAAAGCUGUUCACAGUAACCCAGCUGAUCCUGCUCUUUGGUCUUUCUUGUCCCGGGUGGUUGCUCAGUAUACUCAACGAAGUGCAAAGGGCGGUGCCGUAGCAGGAAAUGUGGCUCAUAUUCUGGACUCAAAUCAUGGAAAGAAGGCAUUACUGUACACUGCAGUAAAUCAGUUGGCUAUGGGAAGCAACUCAGCAGAAGAUGAGAAAAAUACUGCCCUAAAGACCAUUCAGAAGGCAGCUCUCCUUUCUCCAGGUGACCCUGCUGUCUGGGCUGGUCUGAUGGCAUCUUGUCAUGCUGAUGAUAAACUGGCUCUAAUGAAAAACACUCAGCCAAAGAGGAUGGAUUUAUACUUGGCACUGUUAUCUGCUGUUUCUGCUUCAAUUAAAGACAAAGAAUUCCUUGAGAAUUACAAGCAGUCUCUUGAAAAGUGGUCUCUCUCCCAAGCUGUCACUAGUCUAAUAGACACAGGAAGAGUAUCUGAAGCUGAAGCCCUCUGCACAAAGAAUUUAAAGAGUAACCCUGAUCAGCCAGCUGUUAUCUUACUUUUGAGACAAGUUCAAUGUAAAGCACUCCUGGAGUCACAAAAACCUCUCCCAGAUGCUGUACUUGAAGAGCUGCAAAAAACAGUCAUGUCCAACUCAACUUCUGUUCCAGCUUGGCAGUGGCUGGCACACAUCUAUCAGUCCCAAGGAAUGAUGGGUGCUGCAGAGAUGUGUUAUAGAAAGAGUCUACAAGUAGCAUCCCAACAGGGCAGCUGGAGUGGGAAGCUCUCAAGUCUGUUGAGACUAGCACUGCUUGCAUUAGAAGUCUGCAUGGCUAAUAUCUCCACUGAUCACUGGCCAUCCUUGGUUCAGGAAGCUACAGCUGAGGCCUUGAAACUUUGCUUUUGUCCACUGGCUGUCCUUUUACAAGCUUUGUUACAAUUCAAUCGCAAAAUGGGGGCAAGAGAGACACGGCGACUUCUAGAGAGAGUGGUGUAUCAGCCUGGGUAUCCCAAAUCUAUUGUAUCAACUGCACGUUGGUACCUCCUGAGACACCUACAUGCCAAAAAUGACUACGAGCUCAUUGAUGUGCUGGUAAACAAUGCCCAAACUCAUGGAGAUACAAGAGCAUUGGAACUGAAUCAGAAACUAUCCUCACAAUGACAGUACUUUAUUUUAUAUAGUAAGCAAGCAAAGAAAAAGCUGUUAGGAAAAAAUGAAACAAAGAAUCAAGACUGUUCCCCAAAGCAGUAUUUUAAAAAACUCCAGUUAUAAUCGUCCAUUCCUUUUUUGAAAUCUAAAAAUGUUUACAGUCUUAAGCUAGGGAUGUAAUCUUCCAUAAACUCGUAAUGUAACUUUAAUUUGAUAAAAUCUUUGAUUUUGAGAAAGUCCGUAAUGAAAGGAAAAAAACCAUGAUUCCCUUGGCUGUUCAUUAGUUAUUUGUAAAUCAUUAUUAUCUCUAUAUCUUGCAUGGUGUACAAUAGGACUCCUUUUUUUGGUAAUUCCUUACAAUAAAGCCUUAAUAGCCAUUUUCUAAUUAAUCUGCAAAAGCAGAUUAAAACAAUGCAGAAUUUUAUUUGUUAAAUAACAAAUUCAAAGAUUUAAUUUCUUCUCUGAAUUCUAGAGUUCAGCAGACUAAUUCAUCUAAAAUCCAAAUAGUCAUAUAACCUGUUUUACUAGUGGUUCAUCUUGGAUUCUGUUGAAGAAACGUAAUGUAAAUAUUGGAUGAGUCUUAAACUGCUAACGGAUAUGUUUAUAUUAAUUCAAACACAGGUGUAAGGCUGAAUUUUAAAGAUUAAUGGAUACUUUAGGAAAAUAAUGCUAACACUAUUUAACUGAUCAUGCAAUUCCUUCAAUUAUGAUGAAAAUCUGAACUUUCUUAAAAUAAAAAAAAAGAAAUCGUG